AGCCAAAUAGCCGGAGCUUCACAGUCAUUCUUGUGCGGGGCCGACAGCAACAUUUGCGGACUUGUGACAGCUCGGAGGGACUGCGAUGACAUCCCGGAGGUGGUUCCACCCCAACAUCACCGGAAUCGAAGCAGAGCAGCUCCUGUUGACCAGGGGUGUCCACGGCAGUUUCCUGGCCCGGCCCAGCAAGAGCAAUCCGGGGGAUUUCACCCUUUCAGUCAGGCGCAACGAUGAGGUGACCCACAUCAAGAUCCAGAACUCCGGGGACUGCUAUGACCUGUACGGGGGCGAGAAGUUCGCCACGCUGGCCGAGCUGGUGCAGUACUACACCGAACAACAGGACCUGCUGCGCGAGAGGAACGGCCAUGUCAUCGAGCUCAAGUACCCGCUCAACUGCAAAGACCCCACGUCUGAGAGGUGGUACCACGGCCACCUCUCUGGCCGAGACGCUGAGAAACUGCUCACAGAAAAAGGCAAGGCCGGCAGCUUCCUGGUUCGAGAGAGCCAGAGCAAACCGGGCGACUUUGUCCUCUCGGUUCUCACCCACGAGGAGAAGCACGAGAACGUCGACCGCAAGACCAAAGUCACCCACGUGAUGAUCCGCUACCAGCAGGAUGGUAAAUAUGACGUAGGCGGUGGCGAGAGGUUCGACACCCUGGCAGAUCUGGUGGAUCACUACAAAAAGAACCCCAUGGUGGAGAAGAGCGGCAUCGUAGUGCACCUCAAACAGCCCUUCAAUGCCACAAGGAUAAAUGCAGCUAACAUUGAGAAUCGAGUACGAGAGCUCAACAAGGUAGCAGACAAUUCAGAGAAGCCCAAACAAGGAUUUUGGGAAGAAUUUGAGGUACUUCAACAGCAAGAGUGCAAGCUGCUGUAUCCCCGGAAGGAAGGCAUGAAACCAGAAAACAAGAGUAAAAACAGAUACAAGAAUAUCCUCCCUUUUGACACGACUCGGGUUGAAAUUCGAGACGCAGAUCCAGAUGUUCCCGGUUCAGACUACAUCAACGCCAACUACAUUAGAGGCUCGCAGGAAGAGGGGCGCCAGGCGGACGACGACAAAUUCUUCAUCGCCACCCAAGGGUGCCUACAGAAUACUGUCAGUGACUUCUGGAAGAUGGUGCAUCAGGAGAACACGCACGUCAUCGUCAUGACCACGAAGGAGAUGGAGAGAGGACGGAACAAAUGCGUCUGUUACUGGCCCAACCUUCACGCCACCGUGGAGUUUGGAAGGGUGCUGGUGAGAAAUGUGGACGAGCGACCGUCUCAGGACUACAUCCUUCGGAAGUUGGAGGUGACCCGUCUGGACCGGGGAGAACCUCUGAGGUACAUCUGGCAUUACCAAUACCUGAGUUGGCCAGACCACGGAGUUCCCAACGAGCCCGGAGGAGUCCUUUGGUUUCUCGAGGAGAUCAACCGGACCCAGAGGACCAUUCCAGAAUCUGGUCCCAUUGUCGUCCACUGCAGUGCCGGCAUUGGAAGGACGGGCACCAUUAUCGUCAUUGACAUCCUCAUUGAUAUUAUUAACCGCCAAGGCCUUGAUUGUGAUAUUGACAUCCCGAAGAUCAUCCAGAGGGUGCGGCAGCAGCGGUCCGGCAUGGUACAGACAGAGGCCCAGUACAAAUUCAUCUACAUGGCCGUGCAGCAGUACAUAGACACAGCCCAGAAAAGACUGGAAGAAGAGCAGAGGAGUAAAAUGAAGGAGAGAGAGUACUCCAACAUCAAAUAUCCUCCCAUGGCCAACUCAAGGUCUAAACUCAACAUGGCGUCGUCACGCUCUUCGUCUGUAAUGACAAACGAGGAUUCUUCAAGUGUGUACGAGAACAUCAACUUUAAAAGCCCGCAGACGUCCUUCAGCAGUAACACGAGGAGGUAAAACCAGUGCUGCGGACCUCCACGUGUUUCUGCAAGCUUCUCUUGUCAGCAGAGGCCUCAUAUGCUGCCCGAAAUCCCUCCAGUGUCGAGGGAGGGGGGGGGGGGCGAGGGGGGUUGUCUGGAGCGCGGCGCACUGCCUAAACCCCACGAGCGUCCACACGGACUGUGGCGAGCGCGGACCCUCUCGAGUCGCUCCGGAGUUAAACCUCCAAGAACAAGGAGGACUUGUCACGCAUUGCGCCCGCCCCCUCUUUCCUACAGCUCUGCUGCUGCCUCCAAAGCCUUCCCCUCUCUUAAUCAGCGAAAGUGCCUUGUUGUCUGUAAUCAAGCUUUCACAUCUCUGCUCUUACUUGGAAAGAUGAGCGUUCAAGCAGGGGUCGUGCCACCACAAAAAUGUCGGCUUGGAGCCAAGAAAAGGUCAACGCGAGGUCAACUCAGACAUGCUAAGCCGAAGCUGCUGCUGUUUUUCAGGCAUCUCAUAAACACGGACCGCGGCGCUAUCUGUCUUAUUCACAAACCAUCAACAUAUGUUCUUGUAUUGUUUCUUCUCAUUUUUGUAUCCCACUGAAAUUUUAUUUGUGAUCGUUCGUUGAAAGGAUUUAUGUGCAAACGAGAUCACUGUUUUAUUUGGAACUGGUUAAGAGUUUGUGUUUGUCAGCACCGAAUAUCUCAGCAUGGUCCAAAAAUGGUACCUGACAAAAUAUAAGCUCAUGUACUGUAAUUUACAAAAGCCCAUUAUGGCCACACGGGAAAGAAAGUCAGAAUGCAUAAAAUACUAUGAGAAGAUCAUUUUUGGGAGAAUAACGUUGUAAUUGUGAGAAUAGUAGUGUCUAAAUGCUAUCUAUAUUAUUAUUAAUGUAAUCAUAAUAUGACUAUGAAAAAAAAGGUCAUUUUACUAGACCAAUAAAUUCAUAUUAUGAGGGGGAAAAAAUAAGAAUUACAUGGAAAAAUACAUAUCAUGUGGGGAUGUCUUAACAUGAUAAAAGAUCAUUUCAUACAUUUCAAAUACUGAACUGUAAUAUUAUGAGGAAAAAGUCGGUAGAUGGGAAAAAAAUAACUACAAUUGUAAUAUUACAUGGAAAUUUUUCUCAUUUUAAAAUACCAUAUGAAAAGAAUAUGUACUGUAAUAAGGUCCUUUCAUUAUAAAAAAAAACCCAAUCAUUACUGUCAUAGUAAUAUUUAAAAAAACAUUUUGAUUGUGCGCAUAAAGAGAUUUGAUUGAUAGGACAAGAAAAAAAGUCAUAAUUUCAUGAGGAAAAAAUCCCAACAUCACGAGAUUUGUUUGUGAGAAUAAAGACAUACUAUUACAAGAGUAAAGUUGCAGUAUUACCAGAAAAGAGCUAUUUUGCAAGAAUAAAAAUUUUUGACUUUGAAAAAAAAAAAAAAGUGUAAUUUUCUGAUAAUGAAGAUGUGACAUCCCUAAUUAUAAAUGUAUACCUGCGGUAAAAUGAGGACUGGUGAAAAUCUUGUCAAGUUAGACUUUCUGGCACGUUUGACCUUUUUUUUUGUUUUGUUUUGUUUUCAGUGUGGUCCUACACUCGUUAGAUCAUAGCCAAUAAUCGUCAGGCAGAAAUGAGGCGAAGAUUCCUGAAUCAGAAGUAGCAAUCUCUGGACUUUGUUUGAAUUGCUGUCCUUGUUAAUCGUCAAGUCUGAUGCGCUUCAACAUCUGCCCCGGGAGAGAGGGUCACAAGGAGACGAGGGAAAAGGGACGGCGAUUACGGCGCACCAGAUGGCCAAGAUUGAAGAAUAGAUUUGUCUCCAAAAAGUAAUUUAGACAAGGGCUGUAAUCCAGGCUUGAUGGCGUACGGCCACAUCACUGAUGCGAUAAGGAGCCGUCGGAGCGCUGAACCCUGCGUGCCGUGAGCUAUUUUUAGCCUCUGCCAAAAUAUCCUCGUCAAAAACAAUUGCAACCAUGUUAGUGGGACGUGACCCGGCUUGUGUGAAAAGUCAUGAAGAGCUCAACGUCUGUCAAAGAGAGAGUCAAGCUAACUUCAAGGAUCAAUUCCUCGAAUUUGGAUCAACACCAAAUUAGACAGUUGCCCACCGUGUCUGGAUAUUGUCAUUAAAAUUCGGACUUAAUGGCUAAGAAAAAGAAUUAGCGCUCAGGCCGUCCACAAGGUUUUUCUUCAAAAUGGUCAAGUCAUUUUGCAUAAUGCUAACUUUAAUGACUUGCUUGGCAGAGACCUCUACACUUGGCUUCCAACUCAAGCUCAAAAGUGAGCAGAAUUACUUGGGGGGGGGGGGUUUUUGUACGUAUUUCUCAUAUUUUUUUAAUUUAAUCUUAACUCACUUUCUUGACAUGAAUAGAGGUAAAGUAGAAAACCUGUUUAUCUGUGUUGUAACAUUUAGCCAGCAAAUCCAAUACAUCCAAAUAAUAUGAUAAAGCAGUUUUCCAAAGGCUCCCGUUUUACAUAACAAAAAUCUCUCAAGCAAAAGUGUCACAAUACAAUACUGAAUACUGAAAUAAGGAUGAUCCCGUCUCAAUUUUCUCACAAAUUGCCUUACUCGGUGAGCGUUCUGGGCCUGUUGAACACAAAACUGACGGCUUCUGUUGGCAACAGGUGGAUAUGCAGGUUAAUUGUACCGUCUAGCGUCUCAUGGGAGAGCAUUGAAUUCUUCUGCCUGUCGUUAUACGGCACAGAUAGAUGCAAAAAAUAUAGAUUUGUCAUUAGUAAUAAAUAAUAGAAUUUCAUGGCGAAAUGAAGUGAAAAUUGGAUUGCACACUAUUGUACCACAGCAUCCAGGUUGGCUUUUCACUGUGACACUGUCAGUCUCUGUUGGGGACUGAUUUACUAAGAUCUCAAAUAGCAGGAGCAGGUUUGCGGGAUCUAUUCAUAUUGCGACGUACUUGGCAACAGGUAUAACGGUGGCGGACACCGUCCUAUUUAAAUGAAGGUUUUGCGCAUGGAUCAUUUUUAAGUGCACCGCAAGCGCCAAAUUGAAGUUUGAAAUGAUGGAAGUGUUAGUGGAAGAGGCAGACAAACCGUGGAUAUAGCGCUACAAUAUUUAUCACCCCUUUUGAUCCACACACAAUUUGCAUAUUGAAAGAAUGUGUAUGUGCUUAGAAUUACAGUAUAAACUCUCUGUUUGAAAGGGGAAUAAGUCUCCUAUGAGCGCAUCUCUUCCACAGCAGCCCUGCCGGCCCUCGAUGUCGUGUGCCGUGGGAUUAGAGCCAUUUUGUCCUCUUUUUCAAGCUUUCUAAGUUUUCUUACUGUCUUUCACUGUCUACCGGCCCAUCAUUUCUUACAUUCUGUCAAGGCUGUCGAUGGAAAACACGUGGAUGCCGCUAAUGCUAAUCCAUCUCUUCUACCAAAUGAUGCAAAAAAGACAUAACACACACAUAGCACACUGCACAAAGAGCUUUUGUCGUGUUUUGUCCGUGGUGGGUUUAAAUGGGGCUGCUGUGGCUGCCGGGAACAUAAUGUAAAAUAAGGCGUAGAUCACGCAGUACCUCCAAAAUUGCAUUUUGUCUCGAUAAUUUUUGGUUUUGGCCUUUCAAAAACGUUCACAAAGAUCUAUUGUCUUAUUUUGCCGACGCGUCCUCCUCACAAUCACAGCAGUCAUUGUUAUACACAGCAGUGCAAAAUCAACCACCGCAAUUGUUCUCACAUUUUAUAAAUCACAUUGCGUGUGAUAAAUUGAUCUUUUUGCAUCUAUCUACUCCUCCCAAUAUUUUGUGCAUUUGGGUAGAAAUGCUGAAAAGGUCAUAUUCUACCAUGCAGGUGCACUCUCCCGUCCACUCAAAUCUGUCAUUUAUGCAUUCAUUCACCUCUGCAAUUGCAGAGCUUUCCUCUUCAAACAUUCUGCUGGCGGUAUAUUGUAGUAUAUUUUAUUUUAUUUUUUUGUUUUAUUUCAUAGUAAUGGCACAAUGGUGUGUUAUAUGUUAAAUCAUUUGUGUUUAUUUGAUCUAUGUUGGUUGUCAAAUAUGGUAAAGUUACUCUCCCGCAGUCUGUGGCAGAAGCUAGUUACAGAACAUUGCUGGUAUAGAACAGCACGCACACCCGCUUUUAUAUUGAUGGACAUACAAACAUGUGUUCAAGUCAUAAGCACUUUUUCUGACUAAAUGACUUUUCCUGCCUUUAUUUCAUACAGAAUAAAAUAAACUCAUUGGCGACGAAACAUCCGCUAUGGAAAUUAUUUUCAUAUUUAAAGUGUGCGAUAUUUUCCAAAUUGAUUUCUAUGGCAUUCACAAGUCUCUAGAAAACUCCAGGCUCCAUGAUUUACAGCCAGCCUCAGACUUCGAUGACUCACGCCUCUUAGACGGUUGCGCACACGUUUCCCGGUUACCUGGGUGGGUGUGCCAGAAGUCUGGACGGUAGAAUGCACGAAGCUGUAACGUGCGCAAGCCAGGCGCGUUAAAACAACGACACGAACGGGAGAAUAGGACCCCAAAUUAAUUGCGUGGCUUUUUUGCCCAUUUGGCAGUCCCAGUCCUGUGUGUGCCCGGUUAUUAAAUCAGCUUCUACUGUACAUCUCUUGGCAUGUAAAAUCGAGUUUGCACCCAUUUUUGUAUGAGCAAACCCUUGCUAAAUCAGGCCCUAAGUGUGAUCAAAUGAAGUGUCGAAGGUGGAGAAAAUAAUGAAUACUAUCUGACCCUAUGGUGCAGUCCCAUGAGAGCCUUAUUUUAAAAAUGAUCAAGUUGGUCGUGUGUGCUGCAUUCACAGUCACCUUGUCAUAUUUUGUUUGAAUUUAUUUUCUACAUUUGCUACAUUCAUGGCAUUGCUACCUAGUGUCUGUUAGAAUACAGUCCCUCCCCCUUUUCCCUCGAAACUGCGGGUUGUGUUCGCUCACUUAAUCGAGAAAUGGUUCGUUUUGUUGCUGUAUUUAUGAACUUUGUCACACUGUGGAUCCUUUUGCUUUGUUUCAUUUGUCUUUCACUUUGCCUCUUUCUUUAUGUUAUGUCGUAACAUCAAUACUUGAAAGUGUGAAACUGCUGAAUCUUGGACAAUUUAUUUAUUUUUUCUCAUUUAAAAAUGUUCAUGAUUUGAUUGUGUUUGUUUGAAUUUAUAUUAUUGUUGUUGUUAAGUUACCUCUGGCUCUGAUUUGAACCAGUGUACAUGGAGGUUUGCAGUGUACUUCUCUCUGCUAGUCCUCUCACUAUUUACUUGAAGAUGUUUGUUUUGGUUACUUGCUCCUCUUAUAUGUCUGAGGUGAGUCCUUUUUUGUUGUUCUUGCACUGGCUUCUGCUCAGAUGCCUUCUCGCUGUACAGGCCGCUUAGUGGCAACAAUCCGGUUUGUAACAAUAAACCUAUUGUACGUUA